CACUCAUCGGCACACAGUCUCGGCUCUCGUUCCAUUGGGCGAACGACACUGUACACAAACCUAGCUAUACUAGCUUAGACAACGACCCAAACCAACCAGCAACCAUGGCUGGUGGUGCUCAUCAACAGGUGGUGGUUGUGCUCGCUAUGGUGGCGCUCAUGGUGACGGCGGCCGAGGGUUUCAUCUCCAAGAAGACAUGGAGCGCCAUCCGGCGAGCGGACCGCGACGGCCCCUUUGUGGGGCUGGUGGUGCCCAACACCUACGAGAUGGACCCCGUCCUAAGCUCUCCUGACUUCAAGCCUAGCAACAACAUCCCCAUUCUAGAUGUCCAAGGGCGACGAUUCCGCUUCGGAACUAUUGGAAGCCAAAACGUUGUCAUGGUCAUGACUGGGCUGAGCAUGCUGAAUGCAGGGCUCACCACCCAGCUGCUGCUGAGCCUGUUCAGGGUGAAAGGCAUCGUCCACUGGGGCAUCGCCGGCAACGCCAACGAGGACCUUCAGAUCGGCGACGUGACCAUCCCCGAGUCCUGGGCGCACCUGUCCCUGUGGAACUGGCAGAGGCACGGCGAUGGUGCGGAGAACGAGCUGCCGCUGGAGAGCGCCGGCGACUACACGAGGGAGUACGGCUUCCUCAACUUCUCCGACUACACUGUCGGCCAGGCCAACCCGGAGCUGUCGGCGAACACUCUGAACAGCGUGUGGUACCAGCCGGAGGAGAUCUUCCCGAUCUCCGGCACGCCGGAGGAGCGGCAGCACGCGUUCUGGGUGCCCGUCAGCAAGCGCUACUACAGGCUCGCCGCGAAGCUGGAGGGGAUGGAGCUGCCGGCGUGCGUGAACGAGACGACGUGCCUGCCCCGUGCGCCCCGGGUGACGCGUGUGCCCAGGGGUUGCAGCGCCAACAUCUACACCGACAACGCCAGCUACCGGCAGUUCAUCCGCGCUCACUUCGGGUGCACCCCCGUGGAGAUGGAGAGCGCCGCCGUGGCGCUCGUGGCGCACCAGCACGGCGUCCCCUUCAUUACCAUCCGCUCCCUCUCCGACCUCGCCGGCGGCGGCUCGUCUCUCAGCAACGAGGCCGCCACGUUCCUUGACAUCGCGGCCAAGAACGCCGUCGACGUCAUGCUCAAGUUCGUGCCCCUCCUUGGCCGCGGUGGCGAGCAGGAGCAGGCCGACGGUCUGGCCCAAGACAUGUAAUGUAAGGCGGGCCAGGAGACAGAUAGACGACGCUGAGCAGUCACGUCGUGGUACAAUACAAUUUCGUCUUGUAAGGUUUUUAUUUAAAAUAAUUUCCCACCCACGAAUUAACUUGUAUCGCUAUUGCAAACCUAUCUUCGGGAAUAAAUAAGAUUGGUUGUCGUGCCGAUGUGUUUUUUA